GUGAAGAUGCCCAUAGGAACAUUGGCCCCUGAUAAGCAAGCUGGGCGGCUGCUGUGUCACUCGUCAUUCAAGAGGACAAUUUCCGUGACUUGCAGACACCACUGACGGCUCUUGAAUAGUUGUGAUGAAGUAGAUGUUCGCGCUCGGUUGUGUAUUUUCACCGAUAACUCAGCUGGACAUAGAACAGAGAAGGACUUUGGUCUGUAGUUCUGGACAUCAAGAUUUCUUUGCUGAAAAUGGAUGCUGGUGCUGGGAAAAGGCUCCUCCAUGUGGACAUCCAUAUCAAUGAGCUUGAACCUUGGAGAGGAAUCCUGGAGCUUCUCAGCAGACUCCGUCCUCAUUGGAAGGCACAGGACAUUCAGAUGAAGACGUUCACAGGGGGCAUCACCAACCAGCUGAUCGGCUGCCACGUGGGCUCUUUUCAGGAGCCCGGUUGUGUUCUGGUGCGACUCUACGGCAGAAUGACGGAGCUCUAUGUGAACCGAAACAAGGAGGUGGAGAUGUUUCAGGUCUUCCACGCCCACGGAUGUGGUCCGCAGAUCUACUGCAGCUUCCAGAACGGCAUCUGCUACGAGUUUGUCAGAGGAACGGUCCUGGAUGAUGAGCUGCUCCGACAACCCUCCAUUUACAGAUUGAUAGCAGCAGAGGUGGGGAGAAUCCACUCUAUCCAGCCAAAAUGUGGUGUGUCUGUUGAACCUCUGCUCUGGACAAAAGUGUCCCACUUUCUCACACUGGUGCAGAGCAGUAUCAACAGCAGCCCAGCGGAGCAGCGCUGCACAAAAAGUUCUUUGGCUCGAGGAGAGAUACCCAGCUUGGACACUCUGUCAGUGGAGAUGGAGUCGUUGAAGAGACACCUCUCGCAGAUCGACUCGCCAACUGUCCUCUGCCACAACGACCUUCUGACCAAAAACAUAAUAUACAACAAGAAUGAGGGAAUGGUGAAAUUCAUCGACUACGAGUACGCAGAUUACAACUACCAGGCCUUCGAUAUUGGCAAUCACUUCAACGAAUUUGCCGGUGUGAAUGACGUCAACUACAGCCUGUAUCCGAGCCGGGAGCUGCAGAGGGACUGGCUGAUGGCCUAUCUGGAGAGUUACAAGCAGAGCACAGGGCGUGAGGUCACUGUUACCAAGGCAGAAGUUACACAGCUUUACAUCCACGUCUGCAAAUUCUCAUUGGCAUCCAACUUCUUCUGGGGUCUCUGGGCCAUCCUGCAGUCACACUUCUCCUCUAUCGACUUUGACUUCCAAAGAUAUGCCACGGCACGACUCACCUUCUACUUUGAGAAGAAAGAGGAAUAUUUUGGACUGACAGCGAGCUAGGAACGGAAACCAGAGGCACCAGUACAUUUCAGCAUUACCUUUUCUGUUAAUCCAAGGGUAGAUUUCAUUGAUGUGAACCCCGUCCAUCUUUGAUGCAUUGUACAAUAUCCACUGCAGAAUGAAAAGGCGCAGACUGAGCUUAUAAAAGUGCUCCCCAUUGUUUGUUGUUUCAGGCUGCAGCGUGACUUAAUAUGUUUUGCUAUCAUUGUGAUUUUUAAAAUAUUUGUUUACCACAGUCGGUAUACCAAUAAGGAUAUUUGGCAAAUUGAGAUGAAGCUCACGCCAGACACACAUUAAUUGUUCCCACAUUUAGUCGGAUCGCACAAAGCCACACAUACUGAUCCUGAUCAUAAAACCAAUGACAGGGUUAUUUUCUGCCUUGUUCGGUGCCUGUGACAAUUCUGAUGGAAAACAAGUUUUCAUUUAAUUGAAUUUCUAUUUUAGUUCUGUCUCUGUCCUAACAAAUUGUUAUGAGGCUGUUUUGUUGGUACCUCAUGAGAUGAUCAUUAAGCACGCAAUAAAUUGUACAUUUUGAAAUCUUUUACAAAUGUAUCAACCAUUAUUCAAAAGAGUGUUUAAAAAACAGUGUUUGACUAGUUUAAGCUGGUGUGUAUAUAAUGGUGUGUAUAUAAAUCGUCUAAGCAGUUUGUUUUAAAUUUCAUAAGGUGACUGGAGGCAGCCUAGCAUGUCGUGUUUGUUCUCUGUGGACUGUUAGUGGGUCCAACAGCAGCAACAGCUGGAGACUCUUUGAGCCAAACAGAAACCAAAGCUAUCUUUAACGUUUUUCAGUCUGAUUGAACAGUUAUUGAUUCACGUUAGCUUGAGUUUAUAGAGCUUGUUUUUUCAAGUUAAAUUAAUUUACUAACUUUGACGUAUAAGAAGACCUUGAACUAAUUCUUUAAGUUGAGUUAAUUGAGAAACCAGAUACAGAGGAUUUACAGUGCAGGAAGCCUGUUAUAUGGCAAAUACUUAGACUUGGGGUUUGGGUUAUUGCAGGAAUAGUACAGGAAUCUUUUAUAAUAUUAGUGAUGGCACCAGUAAGGUUCAUUUAGGUUUUUUAAAAGAGCGGGCAUGUAUAACGGGCCCCCAAACUGAAAAAACAUUCAGCUCAGUGUGUAACUGAAAGGCUAAUGAUUGGGUCAUGCAUCUAUAAUGGCUGGAAAGGUUUUGCAUGUUUAGACUGAUGGCAGAGGAGGCUGGACUGUGUGUGUUCCUGAAUCCCCUCGAUUGUCUGGUUUUCACCUAAGAGGAACUCACAUGUCAAUGCUUCGUUACACUCAUUCAUCUAUUUACAUUUCUCUUAUCUGUGCAGUGUGCUAACAUAGCAUGACAAAUUAAAGAAAAUGUCAGUUGCUCCAGGCAGUAUAUGGCUGACAGUAGCUUCUGCGAACUGAAAGCUGGAACAAUAUGUGUAGCCUACACGAGACAUCAACUCCAAGGCCAAGUGUGUAAGUGUUGAUAUUUUACUCAAGUAUGAAACUAAGUGUGAUAAAUAAACUGACGACUUAAA